AUGGCCUCUGCUGCUGAUGGAGAGGACGAUUGGACCAUGGUAGUCGCCAACACAGGUGGAACAGGAACUCAGGACAUUAGCGAAGAUGACAAAAGCGUGCGAGAACAUGACAGCACGUUUCGAGUGGCUAGUCAAACGGAAGAGAUCUCCUCCAAGGAUGAAAGCACGAUUGGUUCAGGCAAACGAGACCACGAUAUAUCUAUAUGCUUAGAUGCAUCGAAAGUCAUCGAACCAAAGUGCGAAGAAAACGACCCGGUGGUGCGGAGUGAUACGGAUCAGCGCCUGCGUUCGAAUGCAAAUCCCGUGCCCAGUGAAACUGGCUUUCUAAUCAAGGAGUCAAACCGCGACGCUAUCCCCCUAACCGAACCGAACGAUGCAACAACAGGAGAUGAACCAGAGAGACAAGUCAAGAGAAUCAAUUUUGCACGCAUAACUCUACAAUCGGAUCACAUGUCCGUCCCUGCUGCUAAUAAACCCGAUGGAAUUCGUAAAUCAUUGACACAGGCCAUAAAGCGUGAAGACGAAGAAGAGGUGAUAUUAUUACUCAAGAAUGGGGCUAAUGCAAAUUCGACGGACCGCUGGGGUUGUGCACUCAUCUAUGCUAUCAAGUGGCAGAAUGAGACGGUUGUCAUGGAGUUGCUGCGACGAGGCGCUGACGCAAAUUCGACGGACCGCCGGGGUUGCGCGCUCAUCUAUGCUAUCAAGUGGGAGAAUGAGACGGUUGUCAUGGAGUUGCUGCGACGAGGCGCUGACGCAAAUUCGACGGACGGUUGGGGGUGUGCGCUCACGGAUGCUCAACGCUAUAGGCUUAAGGAGACCGCGAAGCUCCUUGGACAGGUAACUCCGUCCUCUUCCCGCCCGCAAGUGUCGCGUGGCUCUGGGCAAACUACUAUCAACGGGGUUUUCCCUGCUGGCACAAAAUUGGAUAUCUCGACGCCCGGUGGGAGCAGACUGAUUAUUAUGUCCGAACAACCUAUCAAUGCUAGCAGCGUGUGUGCAGGCGCGGGCUCUCUCCAGUUCAUUGGAGAUUCGAACAGUCUUUCUGCACUCUUAAGAGAGCGACAUUAUGGAGACUAG